AUGCUUAAGAUAUUUUGUUUUGUGUCGUGUAUUGCAUUUUUAGAUGCCACUACAGUUCCCUACAUAACUCCAUGCAAGUCAGUUGAUACGCCGUGCAUGAUCUCCAGUGCACACAGUGCCCUCGAAAACCUUUGGCGUGGUGUCCCAGAAUUUGGAGUACCUAUACUAGAUCCGCUAGAGAUCGGCAGCUUACGCAACGAUGACAAAGACCUGAAAUUAGGUUUUAGAAACAUGAAGGUUCAUGGACCAAGCAAGUGUAAAUUCUUGGACAUCAAACGUGAACUAUACAAUUCAACUAUAUCACUGACCGUAGAGUGUCCUCUAAGAGCAACAGGCCAAUAUGACUUGAAAGGAAAGAUACUGUUUAUUGAAGCCUACGGAGAUGGUGAUUUUGAUAUUAAGACAAAUAGAGUAAAAAUAUAUCUUACACCGAAAAUCAAGACUAUUGAGGACGCGGCUGGAGUUAAACAUUGGAAAAUUAAAAGCUUUGAUUACUCGUACGAUUUGGUCGAGAUAGUAGAUAUUCAAUUAUAUAAUUUGUUUGGGGGUGAUGAAACCAGAGCCAAGCCUAUCCUUGAAGUGAUCAACCAUAGCUGGAAGGAAAUGGUGAUGGAGAUUGGUGGUCCCAUUAUCAAGCAACUUUUGGACAAAGGCAUUCAUAUUGUGAAUAAAUUCUUCAGUGCAGUGCCCGUCGAUAACUUAGAAAUUGUAUAA